GGGCAGCGCGAGGGAAGGCGAACGGAAGCAACAUGGAGAAGGGGGAGGAGGAAAGAGGCAAUUUGGCUGGGGUCCAGCACAUAAUCCUGGUGCUGUCAGGGAAAGGGGGUGUUGGAAAGAGCACCAUCUCCACUGAACUGGCUCUGGCUUUCAAGCACGCUGGGAAAAAGGUCGGGAUCCUGGAUGUGGACCUUUGUGGCCCCAGCAUCCCUCGCAUGCUGAAUGUGCAGGACCGAGAUGUCCACCAGUGUGACAGUGGCUGGGUGCCGGUCUUCGUUGACCAGGACAAAAGCAUUGCUCUGAUGUCUAUAGGCUUCCUUCUGGAGAAGCCAGAUGACGCCGUGGUGUGGAGAGGACCAAAGAAAAACGCUUUAAUAAAGCAAUUCGUCGCCGACGUUACCUGGGGAGAACUUGACUUCUUGAUUGUGGACACGCCCCCUGGGACCUCCGACGAGCACAUCUCCACAGUCGAAUCCCUCCGGCCUUUUAAACCUCUUGGGGCAGUUUUGGUGACCACACCCCAGGAAGUGGCGGUGGGAGACGUAAGGCGAGAACUGACCUUCUGCAAGAAAACCGGCCUGCGGGUCCUCGGGAUUGUGGAGAACAUGAGCGGCUUUGUCUGUCCCCAUUGCUCGGAAUGCACAAAUCUUUUUUCCAAAGGAGGUGGGCAGGAACUGGCCAAACAUGCAGACGUCCCAUUCCUGGGCUGUGUACCUCUGGAUCCACAACUUACACAAAGUUUGGAAGAAGGCAGAGACUUUCUUCAGGAAUUUCCCAAGAGUUUAGCCUUCUCGGCAUUAACAGAUAUUGCCCAGCGUCUUUUGGCUGAGGCCUCCACCUGUAGCUCCUGAGCAACGAAGAGUGGAGUUCCUAAUGGCUAACGUCUCCUUGUUGCUCAAGCAGAAGUGAAAGAAUCUGAUCAGGAAAUGGGAGAACGUCUCUGGAGAGCAACAAACUUGCAGAAGGAGACUUCAGCGGAGCAAAUCACGAUCCCUCAAAUGGAUAUUGGUGCAUUCUUCCCCUGGCAGACGAAGUGACCCACUGUGUGCUUGGGAGUGAUCUAUCCUGUAGUUAAUUUUGUCAGGCCUUAAAUUAUUUCAAUUUCACCCAUGAAGAACCUGUUUUACACCUGAGAAAAUAGCCUUAUUCAGAUACAUGUUUCUGAGAGAGAGACAGACAGACAGAGAUGGAAAAAAAAACUGUGGGUGCUUACAUUCUGGAUCUCAUCCUCUAUCACCGUGCAUUGAAGCCUUUUACAUCAGUGCAUGUCAAUCAGUGAAACUCAAAGUCAGCAUUCUCUAUUGCUGUGCCGAAUUGAUCAUGACUCAGGAUAUAUAUAUAUUUUUAGUAACUGAAUUAUCUAUUAAAUUGUUUC